UGGUGUUCGAUUGACCCUUCCACCAUCUCUCCCUACAAUCACUCUUUUAAUUAUUGACCUUUCACCCUUCUUCCCUCCUCCUUCUAUUCUUUUUUUCCCCUUCUUUUCCUUUCCUUGACCUACCCUUCCACCCCCCGCACGAACUGUCACCAAAAAGGCAAAAGGAAAAGGCAAAAAGUUAAAAAUUAAAAUAAGGACCCACACUCGCUUUAAUCCCCCGGCCCUACAAUUGCUGCCCUUAACCCCCUUCGCUCUCUCAUCAAUUCCGUUUCGCUUCCGACACCCGUGUCCUUUUUGAGAUCUUCCGGUUCUAUUCAGCCUCCGGAGCAUCUCUCGUACACCUCCUUCCCCACAACCUCUGCUAUCAUACCCAUUCAAGCUUACUCAACCCGACUUCCUUCCCUCUACACUCUCUCAGCCUCAUCCCUAUCUCUAAGCCCCUCCCCACCUCAGCUCAACCCAACCAGUCGCCUUAUACGGCCAUCCCCACCACAAGCUUUCAAAAUUCCUUCUCUUCUCCUUCCCCGCACAACCCCUCCUGGCGCCAUGUCGGACGCCGCUCAUGGACGGAGACGUCGCUCAAGCUCGCUCAUAUACACCGAGCCUCCAGAGACGAUCGAGCAGCAGUCUGAUCAAGCUGCUCUUCCAAAUUUGAAUGCGAGCUGGGUCAACAGUAAAGGUGCUUGGACGAUCCAUGUCGUCUUGAUCAUCGCUUUGAAGAUAUUCUACGAUACCAUGCCCGGGGUGUCACAGGAGACUAGUUGGACCUUGACCAAUAUCUCCUACAUGGCUGGCUCUUAUCUUAUGUUUCAUUGGGUUCAAGGCAUUCCUUUCGAGUUCAACGCGGGGGCAUACGAUAAUCUCAACAUGUGGGAACAAAUCGACAAUGGCGAUCAGUACACUCCGACGAAGAAGUUUCUAUUGACGGUACCGAUAGUACUGUUUUUGAUGAGCACACAUUACACACAUUACGACCUCACUUAUUUCAUCAUCAAUUGUUUGGCGGUACUGGCCGUUGUAAUUCCUAAACUACCUUCCAGCCACCGCAUGAGAGUGGGUCUUUUUACGGUUCCCGAGGAGUAGGCGUCGUCCUCAGCACGAAAUAAAGACUGGUUUGGGUUUGCGAUUCAAUUCGCUAAUAAAAAAUAAAAAUAAAAAAACACCGGCGUUGAAUUGAUUUUUACUGUUUUCUCACUAACUAAUCUCCUUGUGCUCUGUAUCCUGGCAUCAUUUUCCCCUUCUCUUUUCCGCGUGGUACUCUCAUUUUCGGGCUGUCUUAGGUUUUGUCUUUUAUCUGUUUUUUGCUCCGAGCACCGCGUCGGAGACCAUCUAUACGAAUCUCCUCAGGGUUUUCUCCAUGUUUUUCCCCCCUCCAAGUUUUUAGUCUUUGUUCUGCUUCGGCCUCGUACUUUUUAUAACUACUACAGAUUUUUCUCUCUCUUUUUCUGAUUCUGUUUUCUUGAGUUUUGGUAUAGCGUUAGCUUAUAUUCUAUUUUUUCCUCUUUUUCUCUUUCUUUCCUCUUGGAUUGGGGCAGUUUGGAUGGGGCAACGCAAACUGAUGUACGAAACUAAGGGAAAAACAACAUAAGGAUCACUCGUCACCACCUUGAAUCUCCUUCCUUAUUCAAGAGCAUGAGUUGGCGUAUAUCAUACCCGCACCGCCAAAUAACGCUGGGAAGAAGUUUAUUUUUUAUUUUUUAGUUUCUACUUUUUUGCUUGCUUUCUUGCAUGUUUUCUUCUUGCAUGUGUGUAUAUAUCUAAAGGAUUUCUUGAUCGACUUGGUGGGGGGGGUAGGGGUUCGGUUGGCCCUUGUGGUAAAUGG